ACCGCCGCUAGGGAUGAACAUCUAGACGGACGCCUUGAAAGACGAGUCUAAAGGACUCGUGACAGGAUGACCUGGAAGGGUUCACAAACACGUAGGUUACGCGGUUGAUCUCUGGAUGACCAGUCCGAACGACAUGGCAUCGCCGAAUACUCAUCAGGACAUACCUUCGAGAGACCGCCCGGGUAGAGAACCAGGACUUGGUGUACUAGUACGGACAAGGAAGCAUCAACUCAGGAACAUGUCAUGGGCCCACCGUGUGGCCAGGCAUGGGCGCCCACGAGUCAAAGUCUCCCUCAUGUUUCCAAGCUUCACUAUAAAUAUGCUUGUAACCCUCAGUUGGAGGAAUUAGAUUUUCCCCUCUCUAAAAGCAUAUUGAGCAACACUACCUUGUAAUACUCGUACAUUCUAAUAAUAAUUAAACUAUGGGUGUUCCC